GGGCAAUCAAGUAACUAAAAAAUGGAAAGCUAGGGUUUUUUAGUCCCCGCCUCCUCCGUUGUUAUAAAAACCAUCUCAGUUUGUUUAAUUCGUUAUUCCCUUGCGGCAUCUUUCUCUCUCUUCCUUAUCAUCAUCCAUCACACUCUCUCCCUCUCCUUCACAAGCAGAGAUUUCUCAUUUCAAUCGCUUCAGUGAUUCUUUCAGCUAAGCCAAAGAGCUUCCUGUUUCUAUACCAAUAUGUCAAUGACGGAAGAAACAAAGACGAUGUCUAAGCUCGAAUCGGCGGGAGAUUCCUCCGAUGUGGAAAGUGGUAACUGUAGCAGUAGCGGAAGUGGAGGCGACACGAAGAAGACUUGCGUUGAUUGCGGGACAAACAAGACUCCACUUUGGCGUGGUGGCCCUGCUGGUCCUAAAGUAAGAUCAUCAUCCUCUCCUUCAAGUUUCCAACUUUUUGUUCUUUCAUUUAGAUCUAUUCAGAAGGGUACUUUAGUAAAUUCAAUGUUGGCUGAUCUUUUAUGAUCAGAUCAUUUAGGUAGAUGUGGAUUGUGUAGUUCUCUUGUAAGAGAUGUCUUGAUCAUAGAAGAACAGAGCUUGAUGGUUUCACUUUACAUUCUCUGGUCUGAUCAAGUUUUUCUUUAUGCAGUCGUUGUGCAAUGCGUGUGGGAUCAAGAGCAGGAAGAAGAGGCAAGCAGCUCUUGGAAUCAGACAAGAUGAUAAUAAUAAGGUCAAGAACAAAAGCAACAACAGUUUUGCUUCCGAUCACCAGACGAUCAAGGGCCGAAAAGGCGAGACAGGAAACGUCAAGAGCAACAAGAUCAAGACAACGGAGAGUGAGAAUUUCAUCAGUAGAGUUAACAAGAAGAGUGUGGAAAGGGCAAGUAGGUUUUUGGAUUUUGGGUUUAAAGUGCCAGCGAUGAAGAGAUCGGCGGUGGAGAAGAAGAGGCUGUGGAGGAAACUAGGCGAAGAGGAACGAGCAGCUGUACUUCUUAUGACUCUUUCUUGUGGUUAAGUUUUGUUUCCCAGCUUAACUUUUUUUUGUCUGAAUGGUUUGAGAGAGAUUAGGGCAAAUAAGUUAACAUAAUAUAAAUAUGUAAUCCUGUCGGAAUUGUUUUUAGGUCCAAGCUAAUGUUAUGCUAUUUUACUAAUUACAUACUUAAUUAUUUCUUCGGUCUAACAUAGUUAGCUUGUUUACUUUAAAUCAGAUUAUAAAACAUGCUACUUGGGGUAUUUUUAGCCACUUACUAAUGAUAAGUAUUUUAUUACAUCUGUGGACAAAUAUAAACAUGGUCUCGGCUUUUUUCGUUUGUCAAUGAUUUAGAAAGUGAAUUUGAAAAUUUGAAUGUUUUUGUUUUUCAAAAUCCCCCAAAAAUAAAUAACAGCUGUUCCCUCUAAUCUCUCGUACAACUCGAUGUGACCCCAUAUGGACUUGCUCUUG